CUCUUCUGCGACGUCAACCUCUCGCAACGAGACGUCCACAACUGGUCCAAGAAAGAUGCUUUUCGCCAUUUCUACGUGAACUGGCGCGAAGGAAUGAACCAAGUCUUCCAAUUCACCCCCCGCCCCUCAAUCAACCACACCGAAACCAACGACUUCGUCUACAUCAACACCGCACAACCCAUCCAAACAGAUCCCUCCUGGGGCUUCAUCCUCUUCAACAAAGAGAAAGGAAUCCUAUCUUUCAAUAUCAGAGACGGCCUGAAGCUCCGCAGAUACCUCGACCAUGGCCAGCUGUCAGUGUCGUCGAACAACCUCCUCAAAGCCGCGAUGGUCAUGACCCUGGCUGGGUACCAGGUGCGUUUCGAGAGCCGUCAGAAUCAGUGGGAUUUCUUCUUUAGUGAGACUGGGUCGUUCUGCUUUACGAGGGGUUCGUCGACGGAGGAUGUGUUUUUGGCGUCGUUGAAUCAGUUUUCGAAUGGGAGUGCUCCGCCUGAGAGGAUUUCGACGGGGGAUUUGGCUAUUACGAUUGGUCCUGGGGGUUUUGCGACACAUCGCAGGGUUAUGCAUGAGCAGUUGAUCAAGUGGCUCGGCGUUACUAUUGAGAUAACGAACUUUUUCCAGCCGCAUCAACUCAUAUGCACUCCACAUGGUGAUCUUAUCUGUGACCCUGAAUUUGUGAAUAAGAUCUUCGUCAACGGAAUCCAGGUGUCCAAUCCGAAAGUCGGAUCCUUUCUGUUAGGGUAUCAUUUUCGUGAUGGCCAGCUCGCAUCUGAUGGGGUCUUGGUUCUCUCUGACAACGAGGCGAAGCUGCGGACUCUGAUCUGGGAGACUGCUAUAGGGGCGAACGCGCAUAAUGUCAGAGUGCUCAUUGCGGUUUUGAGGCUUAAUCCGGGUGCGCUUGAUGUCAGGGGUGUGGGAAGGUUUUUGGGAAAUGAGAGUGUGAGGAGGGUUUGGGAGGUGUUGGUGGAGGAUUUGGGGAGGGAGAAGAUAUUUUGUCGGGAGACGGAUGACUUGAACGAGGUCAAAUGCCGCACAAACAGGGAGAUCGUGGUUUUGUCCAGCGCUCUCUGGUCGAUACUCCGUGCUCCGCUAUUAAUUCGCACCUGGACCGAAGAACUCCUCUACAAAGCUCCCCCGUCUGAACCCGCACUCGACACCCCCUUCGCCAUAACAACGAAACGCGUCUUUGACACCCUAAUCCAACUCGACCCCAUAACCGCCAAUCUAACCAUAACCUGGGUGGACCAUCCCCUCAGUUCGCCCCUAGUUUACGCCGACGCAAAGACCCAGCGCAUCUUGCUAAGCAAGUACUGGCUGCACUUUAUACACGCACACAACCUUUCCCCGUGCAGACUGAGCGAUGUGGCCAGACAACGAAAGGUGAAAUAUAACUAUCUCCAAUGCGACCAUAUCGUUCUCACUAUGCAUAGUAAGAUUGUGGAGCUCGUUUCCCAGCGGCCAUGCGGGUAUCCUCCUGUGUACAUGGUGAAUUGGGCUAUAGCCGUGCAGCAGAUGGCUACUGAGAAGCUCGAGGAGAUACCAAGGUGUGUCGAGGUCGUUGGUGAUACUAUGGAUCCGAGUAGGGUGUUUGUGACGUGGGAGCUAGGGCUGUCGCAGCAGGCUGUAAAGUUCGUGCAGAGUGGGUACCAUGUUGUGCUUCAUAGGGGGGAUUGUGGGGUUGCUUUGGUGCAGCUUGCGCAUGAUGGUGAAGUAGAUGCUUCAUCUCCCACAGCACCAUGCGGCUGUCCCCAUAGGGUCCUUGGCCGACAAGAAACCCAAGCCACAUUCGAAGGCCUCUUUCCCAUGCAAGCAUACAUACCUGUCGUCUCCCUCAACACCAAAAACUCCAUAUACGCAUCCAUCACUAAACCCUCAAACCCCAACCGACCAGUCUCUGCAUCUCCACCCCAACAAGCAACAGACCCACCCGAAAUCGAAGCAAUCCGCCGCGAACACUCGGUAAAAUUCAACGAGGACUGGCAGAAAACAACUUUUCCCGUCCUAUUCGCGCAGUUCACCCCGCGGAUUGGCAUUACCGGUCCUGGCGCUGAGUUGAUUGGUGCUUUUCCGCCUGUUCCCGUGGCUGUUUUAGAAAGUCCCCGUCUAAACUUCCGGUUCGAGAGGUCUCAGUACGUGAGCGUACGGGCUCAUUCGGGCUUGGGGGAAGGAGAUGCGGAGCAGUUUAUUUUGUACAUCUGUGGGAUUCAUGUACCGGGUGCUGUGAAUCAUUUGCAGGGGGAGGGCCGGUUGAUGGUGACUGUGUUUUCGUUCUUGAGGACUACGUCUUUGUGUUUGUUUCAUCUGGGGUUGACAUCGCUUGCACAGGGACAGGGGAAAGAGGACGUUGGAUUGCGGGAGUUGCUGCUGCAUUACCAGAACUUCGAUACGAUGGGACAUCGACAGGAUGCGAUUAUCUUCCCGAUUGAGAGUAUCGAGAGUGUUGAAGCUGUCAACCCGACUUCUUUGGGGCCGUUUGAGGCCGUGCAGUACACCGUUGAUCCUCCUGACCCCUUACGGACCGGCUACUACUGUCGCUUCGCAGUCCGCUGCAACGGACCACCCGAUUCCGCAGUCAUGAUGCCCGUCGCCUCGCAUUUGCUCACUCAUUCCAAGCGCUGGCCGGAACCGCAGUAUAUUUCCGGUGCGCCGUCGGUUAUCGAUUUGACUCCAGGAUGCCUAGGGCCAGCGGAGGGGUUUGCGCAGGUUGGUGCGAGGAUUGAUGCGGCGAUGGGGUUUGAUGCUGUGAGGAAUUGCACGUGGAAGGCACGAUAUCCAUACGCCAAAGUCUACGACGGCCCCAUCGAAACCGUGCUCAACGACCUCAAAAGAAAAAGACUCAACCAACCCCCCAGCGACCCUCGCAGCCAAUCACCAAGAAUCAUCCUCCUCUCGCUCCCUGAAAAGGAAAAAGAACUACAGCAAUGGGAUCGCAGUCUCGAGGAUGCAGAGAUCUUCCGGACAAUGCCGUUAAUUAUCUCCGCGUUCACGCAGAGACCUGAUUUUCUCGUUCUUUCGCUUCCAGCAUGGGUACUUGUCGAGCGUGCGUGGCUUGAGUUGUUUAAGGGGAUUUGGACACUUCUGACGAGUCGGUAUGCGGUUCAUAUGCGACGUGUUUCGUUUACGGAUAAUGGGCUGGCUCGUGAGGGGUGCAUGCUUGUCAUCAAACCCAAAAGUAACCGUCCAAACCGUCAUCAGAGACCUAGGCUUUUCCAAUCCCCGCAACACCACCGGACCUCAAACCACCGGCACUGGCACCGGCCUAAUCUGUAAAAACCCCCAAACCUCCACCGACGUCUACAACCACCAAACUCUCACCCUCAACACCCCCUCC